GGAGAGAGAGAAGGGGUUGGAAAGGUGGGGGAGAGCCGGGGAGGGAGAGGAGGUGGAAGGAAGGAGAAGGACGGAGAAUGUCUGUCGUGGCGGUAGUAGCAUAUACGGUGGUUUAACUCGCGGGGAAAACUCUGAGAGCACGAGCUCGCGAUCCUCAGUCGCGUGUGACACGCGGCCUUAGGUAGUCGUGCUGCUCUUGAAUCGUCUCGUUUGCGUGGCCGCCUUCGUGAUCGCGAUCGCGUUCGAGGAUCCUUCCCUCGACGUGUAAUAUCGGUUGGAAAUCUCGAAUAGCUUUGGUAUUUUCGCGUUUGAUUCGUGCUGGAUCUUUUUUUUUUUUUUAAGAUCGUAGGAUCGUUGAUAUUUUUUUUAUAAUCUUUCGAAUAAUAUCGAAUAAUUGGAAGAUUAUUCGGGAUUAUAAUAUCAUAUCGAACGUUCUGGAAUUUUUAUUUUCGUCGAGACGAGAUUGGAGGAAAUUUGUUGUUAGAUUCGGUGAUUUUGAAAUCAAGAUCGAAUUUUAUUUCUUUAUUCGUGAAAAUUUGGUGAAGAUUGGAUUUUAUGCGUGGAUUCGAAUCUCUUAUUCGCAUUUCAGUGAUUGCUCGGGAAAAUGUAAAUCGCGUGUAUUCUUUGAUUUUGCGAGUUUCACGAAGAUCGUAGAUCAUUCCCGAGUUUUAAAAAUUAAUAUUUCUAUGGAAAUAGAGAUCGUGAAUCGGCAGUGUUAAAUUUCAUCUCGAAGUUUGAAUUUUCAAGGAUGGAAAUCUAAAGUAUUUGAAUCUAAGGAGUUUGUCGUGAGAAACCUGUGACCGAAGUGCAAAGUUUCCUGGAUCUUAAAGACAUUUGAAUAUUGACUUCGACUGUGAAGAUUUCGCUUCUAAAAUCGGCGAGUGAUCGUAGACGAUUCGAAAUAGAAGCGCAGUUUAAUCCAAUGAAAUUUACAUAAGUUUACUCCUACGAAUUUUGAAGACUUCUAAUCGCCGAAAAUAGGAUCUAUUAUUAUCAUUGUCGUUUGACAAACGUACGAUUUAUCGUUUACUCGAAAUUCAAUGUUAAAAACGAAUCUCAGAAAAUUGAAAUUCUCCGAAACCUUUGAUCGCUGCGAUCGAUAGUCUAUUCACAGUGUUUAAUUUAAAUAGAUACCGAUCUAUUUAAAUUAAAGUUGUAAUUAAAUACCAAACUACGUUUGAAACUUUUACUUAAAGUAAAUCUCAAAAAUUUUCUCAUUCAAAUACUAAUCUAUUUAGAUUAAUAUUUAAAAUUCCAAUUUACUUUUACUUUAGAGAUUAAGAAAUUAACUAAGAAUAGCAUUUUCGUCCAAUACACACACACACAUAUAUAUGUAUAUAAUUAUACGUGUAAAAUUUUAAAACUUCCGAAAAACUUCUACGUUUCAAGAAUCCAUCACGGAAAAUGUACUGCCUAAACGAAAACCAUAAUUCGUUGCAAUUUUACCAACGGGAUCUUGCCCAACUUCUCCGCCUCGACAAACUUUUCCAUUAACAAGACGAGAACAAAGACCAGCGUCCAUGCAUCCGUGAGAAAAGUGUUGCAAAUCCUCCAUGCACGUUCCAUUAUACCGCUUGAUUCGUAGGAAAAGUCAUUAUCAACAGUUUCGAUCGCAGUUCGAACGCAACACGUUUGACCCCCAUUGGAAAUCGAUAUAAGGAUCGAGGAUAAAGAGAUUAUAAAUCCCACGUAGACGAUGAAUAUUUCAUGGGAGGCGAGGUAAAACGAUAUCCUCUCCAAGGAUUUAUAACGAUGCGUGUGAAUGGACUGGAUGGAAUCGUUUCGAGACGUUUGACGAGAGUACCUGGUGAAACAGGAAGCGGAGGAUGCAGGUACGUUCUGGUGGAAAGCGUAAUCUAGAUGUGUGUAGGAGCGAUAUGUUGAGAGGGAUUUUUCUCUCUUUUGUAGAGAGAGAGAGGGAGAGAGAGAAAAUUCGUUGAAAUUUUGAGAUACUUUGAUUGAUAGAAAAUUUUGUAUAUAGAGACUUGAAUCGAGACUUGAAUUGGUUAAUGAUAAUUACGACGGUAAAUAAGGGAGAUUAAGUAUUCGAAGAGGAAAGUGACAACUGCGGAGGAUGAAGAAGAAAUACACCAAAAGGGGAAAUGGUGGAUUUUGGAUACGUGAUAAAAGAUUAGCAGUGAUAUUAUAGAAACUAUCUUAUUUCCAUUAUACAUCUUAGAGAGAUUAAAUAAAGACUGAAAUUGAGUUGGAAGAAUUUGAUUACGACAAUAAUAAACAAUAAUAAAUAACAAAUGAUCUGUUGUUAGAACUGAGAAUAUCUCAUAUUUAAUAAACAAAAGAGCAUUACAUAACGAAACUCUUUCGAAAUAUACUGGAGCUUCCAUCAGAGAGAAUUCCCCUCAUCGAAAAUUCUAAAUCCAGUCAGGGAGGGUGAUCGAUGGGGAAGUAAAGAUACGACGAUAAAUCUUUUGAUCCAGGUAAAACAGAGGACAACGGAAGUGGAGGACGCGUACAAGAGGAGUUACAUUCGAAACUGGAAUGGAAGCUGCAAUCUGGACGUUUGAUAAACGACAGAGCUAGCAACGUUUCCACGGAAACGAGUCUUGCUUGCAUUUCCAAAAAAAGAAAGAAAGAAAGAAAGAAACCUCGUCGAACAAAAGAAAACUAAAAUUCAAAACACUUGCAUCGAAGAUAUCUUCCCUUCCUAAAUAUUCUAAACCGAAACGGAAUACAAUCAACGUUGAAAUCAAGUCAAAUCGCGAUAAGAUCCGUGAGCCUCGAAGCGGAAACGGCAUUCGAAGAGCGAACUAACGAAGUAAGAAAAGAAAAAAAAAAAGUGGAAGGAGAUCGAAGCUUUUUCCAGAUAUUCCACGACUUCUCGAGCGAAUCUUUAAUCGAGGAAGAAGCUGGAAUCUCGAGGAAUCGAGAGAUCGAGCGGGCUCGAAGAAAUCCCUCCUCGACUCGAAUGGACAAUAAUAUUCGUUAUCAAGCGUGUCUCUGUCACGUUUCGAUCGUGGUUAAACCGAUGGUGAACGACGAAGCGUGACCAGGUGCCGGAAGUUCUCUCCACGUCACUUUCGCCAACCAAUUGAGCAACCAACUAUCUCGCGGAACAUGACACGCUCCACGAAUCCGUGAUCACGAUGGAAAUAAUAUUUGGUAGCGGGAUUUGGUGGCAAUCUGUGCCGUUUCUUUGAGAAAAUCACGCUUGUUGGAGGAGGGAGCGGAAGUGGAGGAUGCUCGAUAUCGCGAGUCGCAGUGUGCACGGAUAAAUACCAUACAUUUUGGGAGAACGGUGAUCUCGUUUCGUUUUUCUAGGUUAAAAGGUGAAAGAAGAGGUAGAAAGAAUCAUGAGGGAUAAAUUUGCAUUCAGCUCGGGGGUGCCGGACAUGCACGAGACCCUGUCCAGUUUUUCGGAACAGUUCAGGGACGGGCCGACGAAGCCGGAAAUAAAGCCGGAAGCAGGUAAGGAGACGGAGAGGACGGUGGAGCCGAAGUGCGGUUGGUUCUGGUUCAGACCCAAAUAUUUGCAGCGAUUUCGAACCGCGAAAUGGGCGCUCUUCUGGUUAUGCUGGACAGGUGCGAUGCAAGGGAUGGUGGUGAACGGUUUCGUGAACGUGGUCAUAACCACGAUAGAGAGGAGAUUCGGUUUGAGGUCGUCUCAGACAGGGUUGAUAGCAGGCGGAUACGACAUAGCCAGUUUCCUUACCCUCGUUCCAGUCAGCUUCCUAGGAGGACGCUCGAAAGCGUCGAAACCGAGGUACAUAGGAAUAGGUGUUCUAGUCUUAGGCUUAGGAAGUCUCCUUUUCGCAUCCCCUCAUUAUAUUGCUGGGCCAUACAGGGGUGGGCAACAGUCGGAAAAUAUUUGUCAAAGGGUGACGAAUACAUCCUCUCGUUCGCUAUCUUGUAGCGGAUCAGUGGGCCAAAUAGACCAAGAACCAUACAGUGGAUUGUACUUAAGUAUCUUUCUGAUAGCUCAACUUCUGCAUGGGGCUGGCUCCGCUCCUUUUUAUACGCUUGGUGUUACGUAUCUAGAUGAGAACGUGUCGAAGAAGAUGUCCUCUGUGUACGUAGGAAUUUUCUACACAAUGGCCAUAAUAGGACCUGCAUUAGGAUACGUGGUUGGAGGUGAAUUGUUGAAGCUCUAUACAGAUUUUAUCACCGUGGAUCCAUCAAAGAUUGGCUUAACACCAAACAGCAACGUAUGGGUGGGAGCAUGGUGGAUAGGUUUCCUAGCGGCUGCAGUUUUAUGUUUCAUAAUCGCUAUACCCAUCUUAGCGUUUCCAGCAGCUUUGCCUGGUUCAGAGAAAUUGGCUAAAGAGAGGGUGUCAGAGGCGCACCAAAGGAGCACCAGAAAGCAAUCGUCCUCGAGCGAUCGAGGAGAGGCAUUCUCGAAAAUACGAGAACUGCCUCGCGCCCUGACCGAUCUGCUCGGUAAUCCUGGCUUUUUCAUGUUAAAUCUGGCAGGUGCCAGUGAAGGAUUGCUUAUCGCCGGUUUCGCCGCUUUUCUCCCCAAGCUGAUCGAAAAUCAAUUCAACGUCAGCGCUAGUUCCGCCGCGUUACUAAUGGGUUUGGUGACUGUACCUGCAGGCGGUGGAGGUACCUUCCUCGGUGGUUACCUCAUAAAGCGUUUUAAUUUGCCCUGUUCGGGCAUUUUAAAGUUCUGUCUACUAGCCACCGCGUCCUGCAUCGCCUUCACUUUGUGCUUCGUUCUGAAUUGUCCGAAUUUAAACUUCGCAGGGGUCACUAUACCUUAUUCGAAUCAGACCAAAAAAACUUUUUCAUUGGAUAACACGUGCAAUAAUGGCUGCGGCUGCUCGAGAUCAGAGUUCAGUCCAAUAUGCGGAGUUGAUGGAAUCACGUACUAUUCCCCUUGUCACGCAGGAUGUUAUCAAGGAAUGCGACUAAAUAACGUCGAAAUAUAUACAGACUGCACAUGUAUACGAGCACCACCAAUGAAUCUAACUACUGCAGAUAGUGUGAUUAGUUACGAGGCAAUAAACACUACUUGCAGCACAUCGUGCUCUUAUUUAUGGCCCUUUAUCGCUCUAGCAUUUUGCAACAUGUUUAUAACCUUUCUUUGCACGAUGCCCGCACUUUCUGCGACACUUCGCGUUGUUCGAGACGAUCAAAGAUCGUUUGCCUUAGGUAUACAAUGGAUCAAAGUUAGAAUUCUAGGCACAAUACCAGCACCUAUGGUGUUCGGUGCUCUUAUAGAUGAAACAUGCAUUUUAUGGAACAAAACUUGCGACGGCGAAGGAUCCUGCCUCGUUUAUGAUAACUUAUAUAUGAGCAGAUAUAUGCUAGCAUUAGCUUUCAUCGGCAAAGCAGCAUCCCUUCUUUUCUUUUUCCUGGCUUGGUGGACUUAUAUUCCUCCAGGAAGUAGAAGAGUUGCACAAAAUUCGCGGGAAGAGCCCACAACAACAUUUGUGUUAAACGACACUCAGCACGAAGCGCCAAUCACACCAGCUACAAUAAAUCCUAUAAUUGAUCCGUAAAGAAAAAUCUAGCAUUCUAAUUAUAUUAUCUUAAAAAUAUCACGAAUAAUCACUAUUUAAUAAGAACUUUUAAUGUUUGCUAAACUUACCAAAAGAAAUAAUCGAAGAAAUGAAUUUCAAAGAAAUUUCUACGUACACUCUCACUCCACUGAAACUAGAUGACACUAUGUGCUAGUCUAUUAAAUCGAGUAUCGAUACUGCGACAUCUAUCUUCUUCGAUUUGAUAGGUACUUUUUUAAUGGAGGGAUAUUUAAAAAAUAUUUCAUUAUUUAAAUAUAUAAUUAUCCAUUUUUAAUAAAAUUUUAUUUAUAGUUUAUUGUAAAAUAAUUAUUAAAAAAUUGAAAUGUAAAUGGAAUAGAUAGAUAUUUAUUUAAUACUUUUAUUCAUUAAUAUAAUCGUUUAUAACAGGAGGAAAUGAUUUCAUUUCUCGGAUAAUUUAUAGGGAAAUUUAUAAAAAGCGUGAUUAUUUAUUAUUGUUGUAAUGUUAAGUAAAAAAAUAUUUGCACAGAAAUGACGUAUAUAAAUAAGUAAUAUAAGUAAUAUAAAAGUAAACUAAAUUGUGAAAUCAAUGAAACUCGAGUGAAGUUAUUUAUUUCGAGAGUUGUUGAUUCAUAAAAUUGUAGAUACAUUUAUACGAUUUGCUAUAAGUAGAAUAUUUCGUAUAAGAGCUAUCACUGCCAAUUGUAAAGAUCGUAACAUUGUUUUUAAUAUCAAUAAUCUCGUUUUUUAACGAGAGAAUUAUAAAUACCAAUUAUGAGAUAUAAUGGGCAAGUGCACUUGUAGUCCUUUUCGAUAUUUAUUAUUACUUCCCAAUGGAAUAUUUCAUUUAUGAAAUUACGAUUUUAUAUGAUAUCAAUAAGAAUAAAAGAAUAAUGGAUAAACAUUUGCUUAAUAUAUUACUACGCUUUCUGUAUUGUUCUAUAAAAAUUAAUAAUUGCAGUUAAUUAUUGUAUCAAAAAAGACUAUUAUGAUUAAAUAGAAUUAUAGAACAAUACAAUAUUGUCCGGUAUUAUAUGAUCUGAAUGUAUUUUCAAUUUGUGUGACAUCUUGUAAUUGUAUUCUUAAUAUUAACUGAUUGUCAAUUAAAUUCAAAAAAUGUAUUUAUCACAAAAGAUAAUCAAUGUUUAAGAUAAAAAAAGAAAUUAUUCUACAUGUUCAUCUUAUUUAUGCAAUAUAUAAUUGUUAUGUGACUAGCUAAAUUAUUAGUAGCACAGAAAUUUCUCUGGAAAACAUUGUUUUUUCAUAGAAUUGAUAUCAUAUUUGUAUAAUGUUAUUGCUUGUAUAAAGACGAUUAUCUAUUAUCUAAAAAAGAAAAAAAAAUAGAUCAAGUUUUAUUGUGAAUUGAUAUUUAUAAUAGUAUAUAUAAUUAUAUAUAAUUAUAGAUACACAUAGUUGCAAGUUUUGGUAGCAUAUCCUAGCAUAUCCUAUUCACAAGUUGAAUAAAAAAUAUAUUACUUUGGGAAAUUUUAUAUAUUAAAAUUUGAUAUGUCAUAUUUAAGAAAAUGUUUUUUCAAGUUUAAUGCAUAAACUAAGAAAGGAAAAUGGGAAAAAACUAUAUAUUAUUUUGAUAUCAUAACUUAAUAAAUUGAAUUAUACCAAAGUAGAUAUUAUCGAUAUUUACUUAAAAAUUGUGAAUGUCUGAUUGUACAAAUUUUAUCAUUUGAUUAUAAGAGAAUUGAAACAUUUAAAUGUUAAAAAAUUAUAUCAUUUCUUAUGAAUAUUUGUCACAAUAAAAAUGCGGCGAUCAAAAUAGAAAUGCAUGAAAUAUUUGUGCUAAUAAAGUACAUGGCUGUAUGAAAUGUCAUUUAUAUUGCUUUGAUAUGAAAAAUUUUGUGCGAUUUGUAAUUGUAAUUAUUUUUGUUAUAAAAUAUUGAUAUGUUAAACACGUGUAUUAUACGUGUCGCUAAUAAAAAGUUAGUGAAAUAUGUUAA